UUUGCACUUGUUUGCUGGCUUGUGAAAGCAGAGAAAGAAAGAUCUUCUAGGUCAGAACAGUGACCGAGAAUGAGUUCCAAAAUUCAGAAGAUGGAAUUAAAUGAUGGUCACUCCAUUCCUGUGCUGGGCUUUGGCACCUAUGCAACUGAAGAGCAUCUCAAGAAAAAGUCUAUGGAGUCCACCAAAAUAGCAAUAGACGUUGGGUUCCGCCAUAUUGAUUGUUCUCACCUGUACCAGAAUGAAGAAGAGGUAGGCCAGGCCAUUCUAAGCAAGAUUGAAGAUGGCACUGUGAAAAGGGAAGAUAUAUUCUAUACUUCGAAGCUUUGGUCAACUUCUCAUCGUCCAGAGUUGGUCAGACCCAGCUUGGAAAAUUCACUGAGGAAACUUAAUUUGGACUACGUAGACCUCUAUCUCAUUCAUUUCCCAGUAUCUCUGAAGCCAGGAGAUGAGCUUUUACCUCAAGAUGAGCAUGGAAACUUAAUACUUGACACAGUGGAUCUCUGUGAUACAUGGGAGGCCAUGGAGAAGUGUAAGGAUGCAGGGUUGGCUAAGUCCAUCGGCGUGUCCAACUUUAACCACAGACAGCUGGAGAUGAUCCUGAACAAGCCAGGGCUCAAGUACAAGCCUGUGUGCAACCAGGUAGAAUGCCAUCUUUAUCUCAACCAGAGCAAGCUGCUGGGUUACUGCAAGAUGAAUGACAUCAUUCUGGUUGCCUAUGGUGCCCUGGGAACUCAAAGAUACAAAUACUGUACUAAUGAGGAUACCCCAGUUCUCUUGGACGAUCCAGUUCUUUGCGCCAUGGCCAAGAAGUACAAACGGACUCCAGCCCUGGUCGCCCUUCGCUACCAGCUGCAGCGUGGGAUUGUGGCCCUGGCCAAGAGUUUCAACGAGGAGAGAAUCAGAGAGAACAUGCAGGUCUUUGAUUUCCAAUUGGCUUCAGAUGACAUGGAAAUUUUAAAUGGCCUGGACAGAAAUCUUCGGUACUUUCCUGCUAAUAUAACAGAUUUUAUAACUGAGACAGAUGGCAUUCCAUGCCCCAAUGUCAACAUACUGUUGGAAAGGAAUCCCAGUGGACCUUUAUGGAACCCCAUGCAAAGACAGAACUGCAUGUUGCUAGCCCCAGUAUCUUUGCAAGUGAUCACAUCGUUAAUAAGCUUUAAGAUCCACCUCUUCUGAGAAAUUGAAGAAAAUCUUUCAAAAAUUGCAUCUAAGAAAAAUCCAGAACAAAGAUGAGAAACUUCAUUUGGUAAAUGCCAAUCAUCUCAAGAAAUAAUCAGGAAGGAAAUUCUCAUACCUUUUAUAGAACACCUCCAAACUAAACCCCAUAUUCAUGGGGGGCCCUGGGCUUAAGUAUGGGGUAGUACAGCUUUCCCUGGGUUAACAGAGCUCCAUGGAAAAGAGGCUACAAAAACAAGAUGUAAGUGUGUCAAAUGUUUUCAAAUUUAAAACAGCAAACACACAAGUUUGACAAAGAACAAGUACAUCGUAUGUUCUUGUUUGUUAAAUGUCCUAUCUGUCAAAUAAUGUUAUAAAACAUAUUCCUUAUCCCCAAUGAGACUAGGAAAAUACAAGAAACAUGGACAAGAGUCCAAAACCAAGCACAAAGGUUUUAAGUUCUUCAAGUGAUACAAAAAGUACAAACCCUUGAAUUCUGACAGUCAAAUACCAGAGGCCACAAGAUAAAAGCGUCCCAAGAAACACUUAGUUUUAACUUCCCACAAAAG